UGCCCAGAGAUGGAGGGCCCAAAGGGCUGGGCUUCUCUUCGCUGUCUUGGAUGGGUCUCUGCCAGCAGCCGUGAAAAGGGUCGGAGCUUUGAGUGCCCCCGUGUUGCCUGACCCCCCCCAGAUGCGUGGGACUUGAUCCUGCAGCAGUGGGAGGCGGUGGUGGCCAGUGGAGGAGUUGGGAAGCACGUGAAUGAGGCAGGAGGACCCGGUGGUGUGGGUUCAGAAGUCUUGAGAGCCUGGGUUCAGUCCCGGGGUUUGGUGGCCCUGAGGGCGCCCAGUUCCCGUGCUGUGCCUGUGUCCUUACCCCCGUGUGCCUAUCUCCUGGGGGCUGGACACCACGUGACUUGGGCUCUGGGAGUGGUGUUGGGCAGCCGCAUACACCCACCAGGUGGUGUCGAGACCCCACAGGGGCUGCAGCGGGAGCGACGGCGGCGGAGCGCUGGGUGGCUGCGUGGGGAGACGCAGGGAGACAUACAGCCAUCUCGUGGAGCACCCAAGCGGCCAGGCACCCACCGCCAGACGGCUGACAGGAGCCGCUGUGCACGGGGCCCGUGCCCUGGUCGGGUCCGCACUCUGCAUAGUGCCCUUCUGGGGGCAGCUGAGGGCUGGGGUGUGGGGGGACCAGGUCGGGCAGCCCAGACCGUCUUCGGAGGUAAGCCUGCUCCCUGGGUCUGGGCGGACUGGGUGCUGUGUCUGGAGACACCCCAGCCCAGCAGCUCUGCUAAGAUCCCAGGAAGAACGCAGUGCAAUGACACUGGGGACAGUUGGGGGGGGGGGCGGAGAGCCGGGGACAAGUGGACCAGUGCGGGGAGUCGGGCCGGAGCAACCUUUCCUGCGUGCUGACCCCACCCCUGCCUUUGCAGCCCCUUCGGGACCCAGCUCUGCAGUGGAUGACCGAGGGGGCGCUGCCGGAGACUGGCCUGUGUCUCAGAGGGCCAGGGGUGUGACCUCAGGGCCUCCCUAGGCCCCAUGUUUAGGUUAUGGUGACCACAGCAGGCAACUCCCCUGCCCUUCCUCACCGGCCUUGCGCGAUGGCCGUCGGGGUCAGCCUUGCCCGCUCAGGUGUUUGGGGCCACGCAGAGCACACCUCCAUCCAUGUCACUAGGAGCCCCCCUCCAGAGGCGGAAGGUGGCUGCCAGGGCUUGGCUCUGUGCUUCUGCCGGAGGGAGGGGCCGCGGAGCCCAGUUUCCUGUGUGCUGAGUCAGUGCCCCAGGGGGCGGAGACGGCCCCGCAGUUUGAGGGGCAGCUGGGGGCUGCCAGGUAGGUGCCCAGCCUCUCUGCCCAGCACCCCCGUCUUCUCACCCCCAGGGCUACCUGUGGCUUCGCAGGAUGGGGCCACAGGUGCCCUCAGCCCCUCCUGCUCUCUGGGUCCUUGGGUGCCUUGUCCUGUUCCUCUGGCUGUGGACACUGUGCGCCACCUGUCACAGGAAGCCGGUGCAGAGGCAGCAGGCCGGCCCCCAGAGCUAUGUGAUGCCAGCAGAAGCGGUGAGUGUCAGGCUGUCCCUGGGGCCGGGGCGGGGCCACCACAGGACCAAGACCAACCUUCCUUGCCCCCAGUCCCUGCUGAGACGACAACACCUCUGCACCCUCAGCAAGUCGGACACCAGACUGCACGAGCUGCACUGGGGCCCCAGAGGCUGCGGAGGCCCACGGCCUGCCAGCAUGGCUAUCUUGCGCCCACAGUGGCUGGAUGUGUCUAGAAGCACCAGCAGACCCUUGGCAGCCUUCUCACACUGGGAACUGCCCCGGGCAAUGCCGGCUGCCACCUCACCCUCCAUCUGCCCUGAGGCCACCUAUUCCAAUGUGGGGCUGGCAGCAAUCCCCAGGGCCAGCCUGGCAGCCAGCCCCGUGGUAUGGGCAGGGGCACGGCUGACAAGCAGCUAUGUGAGGCCUGGGCCUGAGGCCAGACUGGAGGUGGCUGAGUAUGCUUGUAUCCAGAAGCUCAAGGAAACAGAAGAAGGCACCCAAAGCCUGGGGCAGGGGAAGGCAGAGCUGACCCCAGCUGCCCAGGUUGACAUCCUGUACUCCAGAGUCGGGAAGCCUAAGAAGAGGGACCCAGGACCUGCCCCAGACCAGCUGGACCCCAAGGGGAGGGGAGUAAUCCCACCUCUGGAAAGUGACCAGUCCUAUGAGACCCUCCCACUCAGGGGCCUGGGCAAGGAUGAUGGCCUCUUUGAAAAUGUGUAUGAGAGUAUCCAGGAGAUGGGGACCCUCCCACGGAGCACCUGAGCUCUCCAGCUCUGGCUGUUAGCAGGGGCGCACCUCUGCAGGGCGCGGAGGCUCCUGGCAUCCCCCAUUCCCUGCCCCCCCCCCAAGUUGGCAGCACAAAGUCCAGAUCCCAAAUCUUCCAGCCUGUGAGGUCCCUGGGGGUCCUGGCUGCUGUGGCCUCUUGGACUCUCCCAAGGUCUUAAUAAAUCUCCAGCCUAGGGAA